AUGCACGGCGUGUUGGUGCUUCAGUUCCCGGAUCCCUGUCCGAAAGAGACGCUGGGGGUGGACUUCGACCAGGAGUCCCGGCUCCCGCAAUUUCAGCACCUGCAGCAGCGUCUCCAGAAAUCUUCAGGCCGAACCGCGUCUGCCUUUCACUUUGCCAUCAUCACCUCCUCGCGACAGAUCGUCGACCUCACCUCUCACAUGGCAGCUCACACGCAAGCCGCGCAUAACGGCCAAUACUAUACGCAUUCGGCUGGAAACGAAUCGCAGCAGGUCUACUUUCACCCACACCAACCAUCGCAACAUCAGCAACAAGUGCAGCAGCAACAGGGCCACGCCCCGCAGUCGCAUUUCCAAUUGCAUUUAACGUCUCAGCCGCAGCCGCAGCCUGAUGGUGUCAAUGCGCCGAAUCGACACACGUCUUUUAUAGGGCUGCCUCCAAUUUCUCGCGCAUCCACCUUUUCAUCUCUACUGAGACCCUUCCAGGUCGAAGGUUCUGCUGCCGGUGACAACACCAGAACAUACAGUGACGCCGCCGACGCUACCCCGCGAAACUCAACCCAGUACAGUCAACAAGGGCAACAUCAAGGUGAACAACAAACUGUUGUCGCAACCCCGCAACGAACUGUGUCUGAAACCAUACCCAUGGCUACGAAUCAGACAGCCGGUGGUGUACAAGCACCGCACAGCCGUCAGUUCACGACCCAAGCACCUCCACCAGGCCAGUUCAUCCAAAAUAUGUAUCGCCCAACUCAAGGUCCGGUUCAGGGUCAACAAAUGCAAAUCCAACCAGGACAAUCAUUGCCCAAUGGUUUCCCGUCACCUCCUAUCACUGGGCCCAUGCCUGGUCAAUCGCCGGUCCAGACCCAGCCAGGUCUACCCGGUCCACCAGGCAACGCCCAGGGGCAACCCGGAUCGGCCCCGGCGGGAGCACCCGGGGCUCCCCUCCCUAUCAUGAACGGCGGAGCUCCGCCCGUGGCUCCACAACUCACGCCAACAAACGGUGGCCGGGCCCCCGUCAUGAUGCCCCCUCCUCACUUGGCAGGAAGGUUCCCGCAAGGAAACUGGAACUUGCAGGAGUCUCAUCUGUCUGAGCCACUACAGCCCACGAAUCGUCACAGACACUCGUCCAGCAAUGCUUCACAGCAACCCUUCUAUGGAUUCGACAAGGAGACGGGCGUUCCGGCAUCGCCACGGAGCCCGAGGGCUCCAGACACAGAGCAGCAACCACAAAUCCAGCCGGUAGACCAAAACGGCCAAGGCCCGCAACUCAAUGGCCAGGAGAAUUCCGGGAAUCUCGUCGAGCAGCGUCCACGCGGAAAGUCGUUGUCACAGACGAAUAAUGUGGACAUCGAUGACCUACCGGCACCCGGUCCGAUCCCAGCUGCUGAUGGGAACAGGGCCAGGCGCAACUCGGGUAUUUUCUCGAGCCUCCGCAACAGGGUUGGAGCAGGUACUCCGGUCACGAGUGACGCGGUUUCUGAUGCCAGUGUCAUGACUGACGAAUCAGGAGGACAGCAGCAGAGACACGCGCAAAUGUUCAGUGCGCUAGGUGCCGCAGCGGGAACGGAGGCUCCUCAAAGUAAGGAGAGCAUCAUUGCCCAUGGAAGCACCACGCCCCACCAGCAGUAUCAGCCGAAGAAGAGUCGAAUGGGCCUCAAGGCCAUGUUCAGUCGGUCAUCGCAGCAGGAAGUCCACCGAACAUUUGGAGGCGCCCAAUCCGCUAGGCCUACAACGCAGGGCCAACCCCAAGGUCAGCAUCAGGCACAACAACCCGUUACUAUGAGUGGCGCCAACCCCAUGUCUCCGUUGCGGCCAAAGACCUCGGGUCAGGUUCCCCCUCAGCAACAUCAGUCUCUUGCCUCUAUUGCCGAGAAUGAGAAGGCUAGGAAGCCCUCUGGUGGCAUUUUUGGCAUGUUUAAGAACAAGGACGCAAAACCGGUGUCCGGUACGGGGGCUGGCCAGCAGCUCAUGGACCCCAGGCAGACACUUCAAGGAAUGGGACGAGGACAAAUGGCUAUACCGCCCCCUGGUCAAGGGCAAGUUCCCCAGCAGCAGCAGCAGCAGCAGCACCAAUACCGUCAACAGUUUCCUGUUGGCCCAGAUGGGAAGUUAGUGGUCUUCCCUGGCCAGCUUCCUCCUCAACAUCAACAGUUCAUGCAACAAGGCCAUCCAGGCAUGCAUCAACUGCAGCAGAUGCAGAUGCAAGGGCAAAUGCCAGGACACCAACGGCCCCAGCCUAACGUGCAGCAGUCCCAGCCUUCUUUGCAGGGUCAGAAUGGAGGGCCACAGAGUCAACCGCAACAACAACAUGAGCAACAGUUUGAGACUCGUCAGGGUCAACCUAAUGGCCGAAAUGUCGUCCCUACUGGUCCUGUCAGCCCGCCUGUUGCUUCUCCGGCACCUUCAGAGACUCAAUCCGCGGUAGACCAGCCUCAUCCCCAGCAAAGCACACCUCCCGCCACGAAUGGACAAGCGCCUCCGGCGGCAACGAACGGAGGUCACGGGCGGACGUUCUCUCAAGGCAGUAACUUGCCCAACAUGUAUACUCUCGGUAUGAACGGUAAUCCGCCGAAUCAGUUGCCUGCGCGAAAGCCGGUAGGGUCCAGGGUUGUCUCAGCCCAGAUCCCUCCUAGUCUUAUGCCACAGCAACAACAACGCCAAAGAGGGGCUUCGGUCUCCUCAGCUCAACCUCCUCCUCAACCCCAGAGUCCACCGAGUACGCAACCCCCGUCAAUAUUGGGAACCCAACGCCCUUCGGAUUCUCAGCAUACGUUGGCAUCCCAAGGUGGAAAGUCGCUUCCCGAUAUUCCCACCUCUGCCCAGCGGGCGGGUCAAGAAAGCCCAGGUCCGCAAGAACAGCAAAACCAAGGCCCGGGUCGCCAGCAACAACAACCACAACCUAUGCCAGCUGGCCCGCAGAGCCUUGGUCAAGGUACUCCCAGCCAAAACACUCCUCCUCCUACCCCUCCGCCUCAAGAGAAGGAGCAGAGCAGUAUCUCGAAGUUUUUCAGGGGCACUAAGCAACAGACCUCGCCAACAACAUCUCAGGAGAAGAGCAAGUCGUCGUUCAUGAGCGGUUUGAAGCGGGGUGGCAACACCAAGCAAGGAGAGGCCCAGCCUUCAAGGUCUCAGCCUCAGUCACCUCAAGCCAACCAAGGACAGUUCCAGCCGAACCAAGCUCAGACACAGCAACAACCACAAAGGCAGCCAGGCUUACAGCCCCCUCAGAACCAGCUGCCAGGACAACCGCAACAGCAGGGGCAGCAGCAACAGCAGCCAGAAUCACGGCCAGGACUGGGAGACCGACGGCCAAGCCCACAUUUGCAGUAUCAAAAUGAGAGGCAGGAUCCGUCCAAAGCUCCUAGUCCACCGGCACAAGCAGAUCUUGCCAUGCGCCCACCUGCGCAGCAGCCAUCGCAGCAGCCUACCCGCCCACCUGUUACAUCCGCUCCUGGCGCCGCUCCCAAUCAGUCUAAACCUGCGCCCCAGAUGAUACAACAGCCGCAACAGAUGAUUCAGGGACAGCCAGGCCCGGCUCCCGGUCUUGUUCAAGGGCAGAGACCGCCAGUACCGGGGCAGCCGAUGCAUCCCAACCAGAUGGCAGCAGGCCAAGCCCAAGCCCAAGCUCAAGCCUUUGCGCAGCAACAAUUCUUCCACGCGCAAGCUCAAGCCCAUGCGCAAGCCCAGAUGUUUCAGAGGUUCCAGCAACAUCAAGCCCAACUUGCUGCUCAAGGCCAAGCCCAACAACGUCCAGGUCAGCCUCCCAACCAAGGCCAGGGUCAAGGCCAAGGCCAGAACCCAGCAACAUCCGGUCCUCCAGGACAGGAACAGCGGUAUGCCCAGGUACCCAUCCCAGCUGGUUAUGGGUUUGUACAACAAGGGAUGGCAACACCUUCUCCCAUGGGUAUGCCGAUGCCGUACUUCAUAAACGUUCCUGGCCAGCCGCCACAAGGUUAUUUUAUGCCGAUGCCAGGGCAGAUGAUGCCCCCGGGGAUGCCCGGAAUGCCGCAAAUGUUACCUCCUGGGUUUGUUCCCGGUCAACCUUUCAUGUACGGUCCUCAUCCCGGUGGCCCAAUGCCACCUGGAUCUAUGCCACCCGGGCCACCUGGGGGCAUGCCUAUGGCCACUCCUCCUGGAAGCGUGCCAAUGGCUACACCUCCUGCUGGCACACCUACUCCUUUCUUUACCCCACCGACUUCCCACGGAGGACCUCAACCAGUCUUCCACGUUCCCGUACACCCAUCGUCUCCUCCGCCAGGCAGUGAGCACUCUGCGCAGCAUCCUCCAAGCAUCUCGCCUACUCCUCCUCCGUUCAUCGGAACAGCGAGACAGGCUAGCAACAUCUCUCCUCGACCUCAGCUGCAGCAGUUCCAGCAGCCACCGCCGCAGCCAUCCCCCUCUCCGCCGAACUAUCCCCUCCCGAACACUCCCUUCUCACCGGUGAACCCGGAUGCCGCGAAUGUUCCUAACCCACCUCUUCCGGCGAGCGAGCCCCAGCAGCAACUUCAGCAGCAGCCCAACCCUGGUCUCAUCCCCCAACGACAAGUCAGCCAAGUCAGCGCCAUGUCCCUGCAGCCCAGCAACGGAUCCCCGUCGAUGAACGUGAUUUCCCCCAUCUCGAACGACAGCGGAGUAACUCUGAUGCCCGAGGGCCAACAACAACUCUCCCGCUCCGGAUCAGCGGCUGUUCCCUCUCCGGACUCCAGAACUGUCAGCCCCGAACCAGUUAACGUAGCUCAGCGACUUCUUGGGUUGAGGAUUGACGAGGACAUGGACAAUGGUGAUCAUGACGUCGAUAAGGACCUCGACAGCAAGAAGGGUGAGAACGACCACCAUCACGACCACCAUCAUCAUCAGUGGAACGGAAUCGCAGCCACGGACAGUGUAACGGACUCUAGGGCCGUUAGUCCGGAACCUACGCUCCUAGAUGAACACCUGCAUGGGCCUAUGACGCCGCCGCCUACCACCGUCAGCUUCAUCCGCGCACAGGCGCAGGAGGUGCAUGUGCAUCGGUCGCCGGAUAGGCAUGUGGGAGAGAAUAAUAUCUACGAUGCGACACCGAGACAGUCGAUUAAGUCGCCUGUUCUACCGCAGAGGAGGGAUUCUGUGGAGGAGGGGGAGGAUGGGUACAAUUUCCCCAAGACCCAACAGGAGGAGUCAGUUAAUACUGGGAAGGGGGUUAAUGGUUUGAGCGAUAUUCGUAAAGAGUCUCCUGAUAGUAGGAACAGCCAUUUCAGUGUGGCUCCUAUUGAUGAGGUUAAUCACGAAGUCGAGAAGGCAGCUGGACCUACCCCAGCUCAUCAAGCGCCGGUCGAAAACGGAGAUGUUCAACAGGGAAGAGCCGUGGGACUAGACGAAGUAGAGAAGGAGGACCCAGUUAUCCCAGGCCAUUGCAGCAAACCCCAACUCCACCAGCCCACCGAACCCGGCUCCUCCAAUGGCAACGGCGUCAUUACCACAGCCUCCGGCUUCCUGAUCUCCUCCUCCCCCUCCAAUUCCCCUCUCACCGACCCCUCCAACCCCAACUCCAAGGGGAUAGUCAAGCCCCUAACCGACCGCUCCAUCUUCGAGGAAGCCAAGCGCAAGCAAUUACUUCGCGAGCAAGAGGAGAAAAUCCCCGUGUUUUCGGAUGAUGACAACAUUAAUGGUGGGGGGAUGAAUGGCAACAAUGGGGCAGCGACUGGGGGGAAGAAGAAGGACGAAGAAGAUGCGGUGCCGAUGAUGAGCGCUACGAGCUAUCCCGGGCAGGAGUGGAAUCCGUAUGAUUUUGGGGGAGGAGAAGGGGGGGAGGGGUGGGAGGAUUGA